UCUUGGUGUAAACCCCACAAGCGUCACGCAUUUGACGUUUCCCUCUCUCUCUCUCAAGCCAUCAGAAAAAGAUCAAUUGGAAACGCCCACCUCCAACCCCAUCCUUUUGUCACGCAUCAAGACGGAUCAUCUGCCCUCCUCCAAUUUGAUUUGACGAACGUCCUGAGUCGCGAUACGUCUUGCAACCCGCUUAUAAAAGCAGCAGGAAAUUCGUCCAAGAGUCAUCCAAACCUGUGGCAGAAAUCCCCACCCCACCCCAAGAAAAAAGAAAAAAAACUUCGCAUAACUUUGCAUUUGCUCUACAGAGAUGGGGAGUUACAUUAGGUUGGCUUUGGUGUGCGUCGCAGUAUCCCUGCUCAUCUCUUGUCACUCCGUCCAAGCCUGGUACAAGCAGUCCACCGGUCCCACUUAUUACUCGGUGGGUCGCGCCUCCGGGCUGCUCUCCGGGAUCAGAAGGUCCCCAUAUGUGCGCAGGUCCGAGUCCCAAGAAACGGUGAUGGAGAGCGGGGAGACGACCGGUGCGAAUGAUGUUCUGGAGGGGGGCAAGCAGGUCUCCUUGCUCAAAAGUAUGGCUAUUUGCGUGAAGGACAUCUCCCCAAACCUGAAGAGCUGCGAGUUGCUGCGGGAUGGAACUGGCACCUUUCAGUGCAAGGCGGACGUCUUCCUCACCCUCGACUCGCUGGACUGCCUGUCCGCAUGAAUCCACAACUGCACCCGUUACAGACUCUUGAAUGUUUUUGUUUUUUUUUUAAAUGUUAAAAGCUGAUGUUUUAUUUUAUUUAUUUGUGUUGUUAAGUAAAGACGCAAAUCUUCAAUUAGAAUAAAUGCAUUGUAAAGGCUGUUUGGUAGAAAUCAUUUCCAUUAUUUCACAUGACGUGCACCUGCAAUGCUGUGAGAAAGUUGGUUUCUGUAAAUUGUUAUUUUAUCUAUUAAAAAUCUGUACAUGGAA